AUGGCACCACUUAAUCUCCUUCAAAAUGUCCUCGUAGCCGAGAACAGGACACAUGCCAGCAAUUUCGAUGGGGUCCACAAACUUAUCCUUGAUCGACCCAUGGUCUUAUCCAUGAUCCAAAAUCUCAUUACAAUUUUGAAAGAAUGGGGGGCGGUUAUCGUAUGGUGGUUCUCGAAUACUGAUUUUCUGGCCUUUAUACUACAUUCGAUCGCAGCCGUAAAAGAAUGGUGGACAGAUCUUUUUGAGUGGUUCUCAAGUCCUGAUGUCAGGGCUUUCAUUGCAGUAUUUUGGAUAGCUUUUACUAUCAGCAUGAUGGUCAUCUACAUAGGUCUCAUGCUUAUAGGAUUCGGUCAGGCAGGAGUCAUAACAGGCUCUCUGGCGGCUUGGUUCCAGUCGACUAUGUAUGGGGCUUUUACACCCGCUGGUGGAAUAUUUGCUCUUUUGACUAGUACGGCUAUGCUUGGUCCGAAUGCUCCCCUCAUGCUAGUUAUUAUUCCGGUUGCGGUUGUAUUGUCAGCUGCUGCUGCAAUUAUCUGGAAGUUUUUGUGA